AUGAAGCUUCUAUGCAUAAUUUUUAUCGUACAAUGUACUAUCUUCUUGGCAAGUAUUGUCGGCAAGAGCAGUUUGCAGCCGCCUCCAUUUAUGCAAAAAGUGGCAAUGGCAAGAUAUGUCGUACACCAAACCAACUGGUCUGUCAUAUCAACUAUAUCGAAACCGUUUGAUGGCAUACCUUUUGGAAAUGUGGAAUCAUUUAGUGAUGGACCUAUCGGUAACAGCAGUGGUAUUCCUUACUUUUAUCUCUCACCUUUCGAUUUUGCUUUAAAGGAUAUCGUCCAGCAUCCACAGGUCACUGCAACCAUGACCUUAAGCCAAACUGGUUACUGCUUCAGUAAGCACUAUGAUCCAGAAGAUCCUCGAUGCGCUCGCGUAACUGUUAUGGGUAAUUUAGUAAAGGUCACCAAAGCUAAGGAAUUGCAAUUUAGUCAGCAUGCUUUGUUCAGUCGUCAUCCUGCAAUGAAGUCUUGGCCUAAAGGUCAUCAUUUUGCUAUUUAUAAAAUUAAUAUUACAGCGGUAGUUGCCCUAGACUUUUUUGGAGGUGCAGAUAUAAUCCCUGCUGCCACCUAUUUUGCAGCCAAACCGUAA